AUGACGGACGCGACAGUUCCCGAGGGACACAAAGGGCUGCAUGACUUCCUCUACGGCGAGGGAGGUACGUCAGGCCUCGCUAAAAACAGCGUCACGGCUAGUGGUGGAUCAGUGAUUGGCCACGUGGCAGUAAUGUCGGACGCGACGGUUCCCGAGGGACAGAAGGGGCUGCAUGAUUUCCUCUACGGCGAGGGAGACGUGCACGAGGACACGUCAACAUCCGCAUACACGGCUCGGCCAGGCGAGGACGACGACACGCUGCUGUCCCCUCACCCCCCCAAAAACAUCUCCCCAUCACCGUACCCGCUCCCUCAGACGUGCACGAGGCCACACGUGCACGAGGCCACGUCAACAUCCGCGUACACGGUGCGGCCAGGCGAGGACGACGGCACGCUGCUGUCCCCUCACCCCCCCAAAAACAUCUCCCCAUCACCGUACCCGCUCCCUCAGACGUGCACGAGGCCACACGUGCACGAGGCCACGUCAACAUCCGCGUACACCGUGCGGCCAGGCGAGGACGACGGCACACUGCUGUCAGCCGUGCAGGACUACGUUGCGGCGCGCGAGCUGCAGAAGCUCGCCGGGAUCUACGCCGUGUAUGACGGCGCUGGCGCGUUGCAGUACGUGGGGUACUCGCGCAACAUCGUGGUCUCGCUUAAGGGCCACAGGGCGGCUAUGGGCGAGGUGCUGUGCAGCUCAGUGAGGGUGCAAGUGUACCGGGCAGAUUCAAUGCUUUCCCGGGCAGUCCUGGACGGAGAGCGGAGGCGGUGGUUGCAGGAGCUCGGGCAGAGUGAAAGUUUCAUGCAGACUAGCAGUUUCGCCCAGUGGGAGGCGCAGGGCGCGCAGGUGGGCGCGGCAGCUGCGGCUGCGGCGGAGGGCGGGGAGCUGAGCGAUGGGGAGCGGGCGGAGCAGGAGGAGCGGCGGCUGAGGAUGCGCAAGGCGAUGGGGGAGAACCUGAUGGACGAUGAGGAGUACAGGCGGAAGGUGGAGGGGGGGGAGACGGACGGGGAGAGCGAGAGGCGGAGGAUGCAGCUGCUGCAGGCCACUGAGGGCGACGACUGGAGCUCUGUGAUUGACGGGCAGACGCAAGAAACCGUUGCUGCUAGAGGAGGCUCUAACGGGAAGCCUUCCAGAGCAGCGAAAGGAGAGGCGAGAGGAGCAACAGCAGCAGUAACAGCACCAGCAGCAGCAGCAGCACAGCAGGGCAGCGGGGUAACUGCAUCGGCCACUGCUCCCCCUUCCGCAGCACCCAUUGUUAGCCCGUUUGCACGCCCAGGUGCUGCAGGCACGGGGGCAGCAGGGGGGGUAGAGGAAGCGGAGGGGGAAAUGGAGUUGACUGUUGAGUCGGCUGACCGGGUGCUGGAUCGGGUGCGGCCGUACCUGGUGGCGGAUGGGGGCAAUGUGGAGGUGAAAGCAGUGGAGAAUGGCGUCGUCAUUCUGGAGCUGCAAGGUGCCUGCAACACGUGCCCCAGCUCGGCAGCCACGAUGAAGAUGGGCAUCGAGAGGGCCCUGCAGGACGCAUUUGGGGAGAAGCUGAAGGAGGUGAUGCAGCUGGGUGGCGUUGACAACAGACUUACCCUCGCUGUUCUCCAACCCACUCUGAGCAAGUACAGAGCGCAUGUGUCAGCAGCCUGA